UUGUAGCAUUUACAAACCAUCAAAAUGAAGGAGAUCAUCUUCUUGCUGCUACUAUUGCACUUACAGAGUGGCAGUGUUGGAUUUAACACUCCAGGAAAGCUCUGGACCACAGGACAGGGUGGUGAAACCCAGAUAAGUCACUCAGACUUGACUCCAUCUUCGACCACAAUUGCAGGGUCACCCCUUUCGGAAAUCCAAGCUGACAAAGUGAGUGAUUUACAGGGACCUCCUUUUGCGUCUUCAGGCAAGACUCUGGGAAUGAAAGCAGUGAAGAAAAUUUCAAAUCUGACAACACCUACCCCUGCAAUGCAGUCGAGUGAUGGAGACUCUGACAGCGACAAGAUGGGAAGCUCAUCCAGCAGCAAAGGGACAACUCUACAAAGCAACACUAGAGAAGUCCCUCUCCAGCAAGGGGUCACUACAAGCCGGACUACAGCUCCAGGGAACAGAUCUAUCAAGCAGUCCUCCCACAGCACUGGCAUCACCAGCACCCAGCAGGAUGCCAACUCCAAAGCAUCCAGCUUUGAAACUACCAGGGGAAGAAAUUGGUGUGCUUAUGUCCAUACCAGACUCCUACCUACAGUGGUAGUGGACAACCUGGAAACCUUCUCAUCAGGCAGAGCGAAGCCUUGCACUUGGCAUAUUGGAUCAUGUGCUCAGAGGUCCCAGACAACAACACACCAAGCCUACAGGAUCAAACAUAAAAUAAUAACAUCACUGGAGUGGAAGUGCUGUCCUGGGUACAGUGGGCAAAACUGCCAACCCAAAGCUCAAGAACAACAAUCAGUUAUACAUAGCAACCAGGCUGAAAGCAGCAGAACUGUCAUUGAGAGGACACCAGGAACUCCUCAGGACCCCAGUGGGCCAGCACUUACACAAAAAAUGAACGAGAAGAUUAGCAGUCAAGAGACGAAACUGACUUUUCUACAGAAGAAGGUUGACAGCAUUGCAGCUGCAAUGAAUGAUGUGAGCAAGAUGCUUUCUUCUCUGGAAGGCAAAAUCAAUGAAGAUAAGGGCAGAGACUUCCAGUCUUUUCUAAAAGGUCUCAAAUCCAGAAGUAUCAAUGAAUUAGUCAAAGAUAUGGUCAGAGAACACUUUAAAGUAUUUCAAGGUGAAAUGCAAGAGAGCAUGGCUCAAAUUUUCAAGACUGUGUCUAGUUUGUCAGGUGAGCUUGAAAAUACAAAAGAAUUAGUCAAGUACCUGAAUGAAACCCAACAAAAAUUUGCUCAGGAGAAUGACAGUGGGCCAACAAGACUUGACAUUCUGGAGCUAAAGAGUCACAUGGUGCAGAUGAAAGAAGAAAUGGCCCUCGCUUGUGACAAGCCUUUGAAAGCUUUACAAGAAAAACAGAAAUCAUUGGAAAUUAACUUGGAGCACCAACAGUCAAGAAGUGCCAUUUAUUAUGAGUCUUUAAAUAGGACUCUUACUGAAAUAAGAGAUGCUCAUGAACAACUGUUAUCAGCUGAACAGUCUUCAAGACAAAGCAUCCCUUCAGCAGAUAAAGUCAUGGAGUACAAUCUUACAGAGUACAUGUUCACACUGCAUGAGAAAGUAAAGAAACAAGGCAUGAUGGUGCUGGAGAUCUAUGAUGAUUUAAGAGUCCAAGACAGCAAGAUCAGCAAUCUCAGUGUUGCACUGGAAAUUCAGAGAGACUCUGUUCUGGGGGUCUGUGAUGACAUGUUGUCAGAGAGCAGAACAAAUUUCCAAACACAGCUGGCAGCAACCCAAGAGAACAUGCUUGUCCUAAACAAGAGUCUCUCUGACCUGUUCCUACCACUGGACAAUAAGAUGGACAAAAUGAAUGAGCAAAUUAAUGAUUUGUGCUAUGAUAUGGAGAUCUUACAACCCUUGAUUGAACAAGGGGUACCUUUUAGUCUGACUGCAGAGUAUGAACAACAAAUUCAAGUUAAAGAUAUCAAUGAGAAGCUUGAAAACCUUACUACUGUCAUUGACAUAAUGACUUCUGCAAUGAAGGAGCUUUCCAAAACUCAGGAAGUACUUAAAAAUGAGUCUCAGGCUUAUCAGGAACUGCUUGAGAGUCGUAUUAAUGAAUGCUCCAUGGAAAUAGAGGAUGGCUUAAACAAGACCAUGAUAGUAAUAAACAGUGCUGUUGAUUCUAUUCAAGAUAACUAUGUCCUGAAAGAUACGCUACAUGCUCUAAGAAAUGAGACUGAAAUCUGCUGUGGCAGAGUUGAGAAACUGGACAGCAUCCUGGCUUUCAUUCCUGAGUUCCAACAAUUGAAUGAAUCCCUCCAGACACUACUCAAUAACAAGAAGUAUGAAUUCACUUCACAAGUAGCGCCAUCUCUUUCUGAUCUUCCAUACAAGGAGUCUGAUAAAAGUAUCCUCCACAAUUUCAGUAGACUUCUCUACAUCUUAAAUGAUACAGCAUCAAAAGUGGAAAAUCAGCAACAAGAUAUCAGCCACCUAGAAGAAAAAUUACUUGACUCUGUGGAGGAAUCAAAGGACCAUGAGGUCCGCCUUCUGAACGUAGAGUCAAAAAUUUCCAAGUUUCUGGCAAACAACUGUGUCUCGCUGAAAAGAACCAAUGCUGCCUCAACAGAGAAAGAACAAGUGGUCUCACUUCAGCUUCAGACGCUGAGUUCCAGAAUCAAGGCCCUGGAAGCCAAGUCGAUCCGUUUCUCAAACGUCAUCCCACUAGUGAACAAGACGGCUCAUGAGGCCUGGGGACUGUGUCAGGUUACCAACAACAGCAUCCAGAGAGUGAACGCGAGUAUCCCUGUGCUAAUUAAAUCUGCUCAGCCAGAUAUACCCCUGCUGCAGAGGGGCCUCAAAGAGCUCAUUGAAUCUGUCCUUGAAGUAAAAGCAGGAACUAUUUUGACAAAUUUAACCCAGCAUGUUGACAUAUCAGUGGUAAAUGCAGUGAACAAUAUCACCAAAUUCCAGAAGCAGAUGAAGCCAGUUAUAAAGAAACCAGCCCCAGUAAAAAAAACAGCAGCAAACAUCACCACGAGCCUGGCAAGCCGAAGUCAAAGAAACACGGAUAAUACUAUAGAUCCAGGGCAGUAUUCAGCUUGUGUCAGUUCCCCGUGCCAGAAUGGAGGAACCUGUAUCAAUGACAGACAGACUUUUGUUUGCGCUUGUCGCCACCCCUUCGGAGGAGUCAACUGCAGCGUGAAGCUGGGGAACGACAAUUCCCUGAGCGUCGAUUUUUCAAAAGGAUCAUACAGAUAUGCACCUAUGGUGGCGUUUUUUGCAUCUCAUACAUAUGGAAUGACAACUCCAGGACCCAUCAGAUUUAACAAUCUGGAUGUCAACUAUGGUGCUUCAUUUGCUCCAGCAACUGGAAAGUUCCAUGUUCCAUAUCUGGGGGUCUAUGUUUUUGAAUAUACCAUUGAAUCAUUUAGUCCACGUGCCUCUGGCUAUCUGGUCAUUGAUGGAAUAGACAAACUCACUUUUCAGGCUGAAAAUAUUAAUAGUAACAAGUACACUGACAGAGUAAUUACUGGAAACGCUUUAUUAGAGUUAAAUUAUGGUCAAGAAGUCUGGCUCAGAUUGGCAACUGGCUCUAUACCGGCCAAGUAUCCACCAGUAACCACAUUUAGUGGUUACUUGUUGUAUCGUACCUAAGUCAGUCAUAAAUGUAAGCAGUUAGUCAAAUGAAGCAACCUGCAUGUGAAUUUAGCUUUAUCUUUAAAUACUUUCUUUCUUUAACUACAGUAAGUUUCUGGAAGUAAUGAAUGUAAUGGCAUUUGUAGUGCUGAUUCUCCAAGAUGUUGCUUGGUUGUAGCCAUGUGCACAACCACCAAGAGUCAACAGGUUGGAGAUGAAGGAAAAAUAAACAUCUUCCCUAUUUAAACAUGACUGGGAAGCAUAAAUCUAAUUAUGAUCUACAGUUACAUUGCAUAGACAAACUUACUUACACAAGGUUGCUGAGAAUCAGUUCUCAAUACAAAGCUGGUUUUGGUUAUUCCUUUACACCCUGAUUGCAUACCAAAAGUGAUGGAUAGAUUUUGAUGACUUAGAUGCUGGGUUACUACUUAGCUCAUUGUAUCAAUAGAUAAUCAUGGGUAUAUAAUCUGUUUGGAAAAAAUAUGUUUCUUUUUCAUUUUGCCUAACAUUAUUCACCACAUACUUUGAUAUGGCAGCAUUUAAUCAAUUCAUGAUUUUUUAUGUAACCAGUAUAAUAACAAACUGAGGGGUUUUUUAAUCUGACAGCAAAAACAGAGAGAGAUACCUUCAGAUUAGAAAUAAGGUACUCAUUUUUAGCACUGAAUAUAAGUAGUCAUAGGAAAAACACCAAAAUGGAUCUGGUGGAUUCUCUUUGUUGCUGAAAUAUUUAAACCGCAGCUGGAUUUGCCUUAGGUGAUAAGUUUUAGGGUAAACAUAUUGGCUUCACACACAUUUUAGCAUUUGACCUAUAAUGUACACAAGGUUAAAUGACAUAACCAAAGUUUUUUCUAAGUUUGACCUCUGUAAGUCUAUGAUUUUUUUGUUUCUGCAUUAUAUUCACUAACUACUGAGGCAAGAUGAAAUGAACUUCAGUCUUCAUGUGAUUCUUCAAGCAUCAGUCCAAUAAAAAAUUAUUUUUAGUUCAUGCUAUGACUACGUGAAAAAAUAAACCCUCAGGUUUGCACCAUUAUCCUUUGCGAAGUCCCAGGUUGUUGCAGUUUCUUGAUAUCCUAUUGUCUGGUGUGACUGGCUAGGUUUGUUUCUGAUUGCUGCCUUUGUUAAUGCUAAUUGAUCAGCUUUUAUAUGUCUCUGUCUUUGUCUCCCUCCAUUUUCUUAAAAGCUGAAAAAAACUAACUAUGAUUUAUGCCAAUUUAUUGAAGCCCAGUAUGGUUUGAAGCUUCCUGAAUUAUUUUGUUCUCCACUGUCAGAAACUUUUCUUGAAAACAUAUAAGAAUCUUCAGCUCGCUUCUUAGUAUUACUUAAUAUACCUUACCAGAUGUUAAGAUGGAUGUCCAUGAAAUGACUGAAUUCCUCUCAUGCUGUCUGUUGAUAAGAGAAUCUCUUUCCUCAGAUGCAUAAAUCUACAUUUUUUUGUUCCAAACUUAUAUGCACGUUCUCCACCAGAAACACUGGUACUGAAGUGUGACCAUGGGCAUGUGCCUGUGGCUUUUGGCUACCUGAAGUACAAAAGUCUGCAGCACUGAACAGCAUCCACUCAGCUUCAGGGGGUCAUCCUACUAUGGCUUGUGUUUAAGGACAAUAGUUGAGAACUGACAAAAGCUUUCAGUAUAAGCCCGUUUUCUGAGGCUCUAAAUCCACUAAUUAAUUGUUAAGAGAUCUUGCAGCAGAAAAAUAGUUAUUAAAAUAUCCUAUGUUUCCUUAAAGGAUCUGAAAAUACCCAAAACCAAGUCUUUAGUCUAAGGGUCAACUGCAAAUCUUGUUAACAGGUUGGGAUGUUUUGCUGUUGUUUGUAUUUUUGCUUUGUUUUUUUUCAGGCCAGAAAUCCUUUCUUGUCUGUAACUGAGUACCAUGAACCCUGAAUGAGUGUGCUACAGACCUUUCUCCUGUUGCAUACCAUAUUUUUCUGUAAACACUCAAAAUCUUUGAUACGGCACUAACUCAGCCUACCGUAUCAUUGAAUUUUAUCAAAUAUAAUGACCACAAGCCCCAAUCCCUCCUUGUAUGACUUUGUCAUUUUAAUGUGUUUAGUCCUCUUCAUUCCUGCUGUGGUUAUGGCUAAAUGGCAUGAAAAUUACUCUGCAGAUGAAAUUCAAAUGACCCACCAGAGACUGCAUCUCUCUUUUAAUGUGACUUUCUUCGCCCUUGCUGCCCUUCCUUCUAAAUUCUUCAAGCUGGCUCCUCAUCUUCACAGACAUUAUUUUCCCCUAGCAACCAGAUAAUUUCUAUAUCACUGUAGUGGUUUUCUUUCCUCUUUUCACCUUUUUUUUUUCCUCACAAAACUAAAAAUUUA